GGAAGGGGGCGGGCCGGCCGCUGAGCUCGCCCGGGCGGGCCGAGGGCUCGCGGACCGGGGUGACGAGGAUGCGAGCGGAGCCCCCGAGCGGCCCGCAGCCUCGGGGACCACGCUGACGCCGGCUGCGGCCACCGCGCGCGGGCCGACAUGUGUGCGCGCCUCGGUGCCCUGAGUGUGGAUGACUUCCAGAAGGUGCUGAUGAAGACGGGCUUGGUGCUGGUGGUGCUGGGCCACUUGAGCUUCAUUGCAGCCUCCAUCCUGCACGGCACCGUGCUGCGCUACGUGACCGCACCCCACGACGCCGUGGCUCUGCAGUACUGUGUGGUCAACAUCGUGUCGGUCACUUCUGCUAUUGUGGUCAUCUCCUCUGGCAUUGCGGCCAUCGUGCUGUCACGCUACCUCCCCAGCACUGCUCUGCGCUGGACCGUGUUUAGCUCCAGUGUGGCCUGUGCUCUUUUCUCAUUGGCCUGUGCCAUUGGCCUCUUGGCCUCGAUCGCAGUGACCUUUGCCACCCAGGGCCAGGCACUGCUAGCUGUCUGCACUUUUGGGAGCCCUGGACUACUGGUGCUCACACCAGACUGCCCCUUCGACCCCACACGCAUUUAUAGCUCCAGCCUGUGCCUUUGGGGCAUCUCACUCCUGCUCUGCAUGGCAGAGAGCGUGUUUGCUGUGCGCUGCAUCCAGCUUACCCGCCAGGUGCUGGAACUGAAGCCCUGGUGGGGGGAAAGCGGCCACCACAGGAUCCAGAGCGCAGAGCCCAUGGAGGGCUGCAACCUGAUGAGCUGCCCCAGCUCUGUGCCACUGACCCUCUGAGAUGCCUCAUGCAGUCCCAUGGUUGCUGGGUCCACCACCAAGCCUGCACUGCGACUCGUGCCCAGAUGGCUGGCAAGUUCCAGAUGGCCCAAGGAUCCCUAGAGCCAGCCCAAGAGGGCUUAAUGGACCCUUGGGGACCCAGGAGGGGUGUUUCAGCCCCUCGCCCCAUGCACCUAGCCCACUGCACUGAAACGGGAAACUUUAUUUGGAAGUUAUUAAAAAGAACAAAGAUG